AUGUGGCUCGUUCUCUUAGCCACUCUAAUUUUAAUUCCUUUUAAUCAUUGUUUUCACAUCUCAAAUCUUUGUCAAAGUAAAUGCUUAAAUAAUGGCACCUGUAUUGUCAAUGUCGAAGAUAAACGAGAAUCCUGUUUAUGUACAUCAGCGUUUACCGGCGAUCGUUGUCAAAUCAAUAUCGACGAGUGUUCAAGUUCUCCCUGUCGUAACGAUGGAUCGUGUAUAGAUGGCCUUGGUGAAUUUAUGUGCUCAUGUCCACAAGGAUACGCAGGUCGUUUUUGUGAAAAUGUCAUUGAUCCAUGUCAGAAUAAUCCGUGCGAAAACCAAGGAACCUGCAUUCGUAUUACUGAAAAUAAAGAUUUCCGUUGUGUUUGUCCAACCAAUUAUUCCGGUCGAACGUGUAAUGUCUUUAUAAAAGAUUUCUGUGCAUCAUCACCAUGCUUCGCAAAUGCUACAUGCGAAAAUCUACCUGAUGGAUAUCGAUGUUCUUGUCCGCCGAAUCAAACAUGUGAUCGAACAAAGAUAAAGAACACAAGCUGUUCAGCAUCCAACGGGACAAACAAAUGUGUAUAUGGCACAUGCAAUCGAGAUAUAUGCUCUUGUUUUCCUGGCUGGACAGGAGACUUUUGUACAGAUGACAUUGACGAAUGUCGAAGUAAACCGUGUGCUGAUCAAGGAAUGUGUUAUAAUACACCGGGUUCGUAUGUAUGCAUAUGUCCACCGGGAACGGCGAAUAACAAUUGUCAAAGUAGUCAAUGUACACAAUCAUCGUGUUUAAAUGGCGGCAUAUGUGCGAAAAAAGAUGGAGGAGUAUCCUUUUGUCAAUGUCCAGCUAAUUUCUACGGCCAUUCUUGUGAACUUCUGGUUGUUAAUACUCGUAAUACGCAAGCGACCAUUGAUACAUGCUUAGUGAAUAAUUGCUCACUGAAAGGAAACAACAAUCGAUGCGAUCGAGAAUGUAAUUAUGCCCAAUGUCAAUUCGAUAAUUACGAAUGCACAUUAAAACGUGAUCCGUGGGAUUUAUGUCCAAUCAGUGACUGUUCACAUUUAUUCCGUAAUGAACAAUGUGAUGAAAAGUGUAAUAUUAAAGAAUGUUUAUUCGAUGGUUUCGAUUGCGAUCGACAGUCAUCAACGUGCAAUAAAUCGUAUUGUGAAUCACGAGCCUUGAAUGGAAUAUGCGAUCAUGAAUGCAAUAAGAUGGAUUGUAAUUAUGAUCGUGAUGAUUGCUUACCAACACAGAACGAUGGACUACUUGGAACGAUAAUCUUACAAUUGGAAAUAACUCGAGAAACGUUCGAACAACGCAAGCAAAUGUUUCUUCAAAGAUUUAGUUCAAUCUUGAAUAGUCCAGUGAAGAUUUCAUUGAAUAAAGAUGGAAGUGAAUUGAUUCUGCCUUGGUACAAAGACGGAAAUGAGAAAAGCAAACCGAUUGGCAUCAAAAUUUAUAUUACUAUUUUGAAAACAUGCAAUACAACAUUGGCUGCUGGAUGUCAGUUCGACAAUGUUCGUCAAUCGGUCGAUUUUCUUGGUGCACUGCAACAGAAUGGCGAAUUAGCUGAACGUCUUCAAAUGCCCAUCUCUGAUAUCAAUAUUCUUCCUGAUCAUGCUCAACCAGUGAAAGACAAAUCGACGUACAUAUAUGUCGCAACAAUCAUUCCUUGCUUUUUGGUAUUAACAGCUCUAGUUGGCUAUGGUUUAUUGCAUCGACCUAAGCGAAUUAUUAAGGCACCUGUUUGGUGGCCACCGACAUUGAUCGAUGAAACAAAACGUGAAAUUCCCUGGAUGAAUCGUUCGAAGACAAAAAAUAGCAAUUAUGAUUUACCAACAAAUAAACGACAAAAAUUUGAACAUGAUUCUCUCUCACCAGACUGUGAAUCUAUGCCGACGAAUACAUUGAAUAUUCCUGGUGGACCAAAUGGUAAUAUAAGUGUUUUAGAAUUGGAAAUCUCUCGUCGAGAUCCAUUUGGAAAAUAUGAAGCAGAUGAGGAGGCAACGUUGAAUUAUUUCAUUAAUGGCGGUGCGGAUGUGCAUCAACGUUUAGGCACAAAUCAAGAAACAUUGUUACAUCUUGCUUGCCGUCGGAAACGUUUGACAGCAGUUCGAGUUUUGAUUUCACAUGGUUGUGAUGUGAAUGCAAGAGAUAUCUAUGGUGCAACACCUUUACUACGUGCUGUAUCAGCAAAAGCGUUUGAUAUUGUACAAUUUCUGUUAACUAAUGCCAAUGUUCUGAAACUGGAUAUCAAUGCAAGUACAUACACUUACGAGAAAGACAAUGAAGAACUACCGGGCGAUAAUCCAUUGAGAAAAGCUAUUCGUGCACACUCAAAUGAUAUUGUCGAAUGUUUAUUAAUUGCGGGCGCUGAUGUGGAUGCAACUGAUCGUUGUGAUACAUCAGUUGGAGGAAACGAAACACGAAUCGGCCGCACAGCUCUACAUUAUGCUGCAACAGAGAACAAUACAAAUGGUGCUUUACUGUUACUGAAACAUGGCGCGAACAUUGAAGCCCAAGAUGAGCACCUGGAGACUCCAUUAUUCAAAGCAGCGUAUAAUCUCGCCUUUGCUACAUGGGAAGUGUUGAUCUGCCGUGGUGCUAAAAGUCAAAUAGCCAAUGAAGAUGGUUAUACACCGAAAUCAAUUGCCAUGAAACAAAUCGGCGCUGGACCGUUUCGUUUUGGACCGGAUAGUGAUGAAGUGUUAAAUAAUAUUGAGCCUCAAUCAGAUGCUGAAAAACAUUUCAUUCAAUGGUUAAAAAAUGAAUGUCCACCGAAUUGUCAUUUGGAAUCUAUCAGUGCGAAAAAAGAAACCAUACGAAAAAAACCAUUGGUGAAAAAGAAGAACAACUACACUCCUCACUAUCCACAAUCGACACAGAUGCUCUCCAAUUCGCAUCCUCCAAUGCCACCACCAUCUUACAAUGCCAUUAACUGUUAUCAACAACCAUUCUACGGUCAAUAUUCUCUCCCAACGCCCUAUUCUCAUGUUGAACAUUUUCAACCUUCACCUCCUUCAACAUCACAAUGCGAAAUGGCAGAUCAAGAACUCUACUUUCCCAUAUCGUAUCCAUCAUUUAGUUUAUGA